UAGCACUUUGCCAAGAAAUUAUACGGAGUGCUUAUUAUAUUCAUAGAUAGGCUUUUAUGUAAUAAAAUAUUCGGGUUUUAGUCGGGUCGGGUAAAAUUAUAAAUCCACACCCGACCCGACCCGAUGUCGGGUUCGGGUAAAAAAUUUCGGGUCGGGUUCGGAUUAUUUUAUUCUCGGUUCGGGUUCGGAUAUUUUAGUGGUCGGUCGGGUCGGUUAAGCUCGGGUUCGGGUUGAAUUGCCAUCCCUAUAUGAGUAAAAAUAGUAAAAUAUAUCUGUUGGAUUUUAGAACCCGAGACCUAAGAGACUAGGUGGAAGGGUAUCGAACGAGUACGGAGUGCGUUAAGUUAACAAAAUGACCCUAAAAUUUCCUAAUACUUUCCCAUCAAUGCUAAGUUUGUAAGGAGUACCUUUUUUCCCAUAAAAAGUUGUGUAUUGAAAGUUAAGGAAGCAAUAUUCAAGCUUGUGGUCAUAGGGACUGUUUUCUAUGUGCUGGUAUACUGGCUUCAUGAAGAUGAUAAGAAACCUCAACGAAUGAAGAUGAAUAUGCAACAACUCAGUGUCGGAUGAAGAAGUUGCUGCUCAAAUUCCAACCCAAGCCCAAUCUAUUGUUGAUGAGUCUGGAAGCCAGUUCUUGAAGUGGAUUAUUUACAGGAGCUAUGAGCAAUUCAACAACAAGGUCCAAUAAAUAUUGGCUUUUUUUGGAACACGGAAUUUGGGAAUCAUGCAUCAAGAACUUGUUGAGAUUCUUAGCUAUGCCUGGGUUAUAAUGCUGUUAUGAUGUUGUUGAUUUAAUUAGUGAAAAACCAUAUUUUUACGUCUGGUGCCUCAGGGACCAAUGUGGCAGUUCCGUGAUGAGAAACCAAAACUACUGACUGUCAUAUUGCCACAAAGCCCGAGCAAGCAGCCGCCCGAAAGCCAAGAGUUUCUGUCUACUGUCUAAAGCAGGGGUUGUGAAAAGUGAAUAUAUAGAUAUGGUUGCUGGUAACAAUGAAAACAAGACAUCUGUCAAGAUAAAAGGCAACAAGCACCAUAAUGCCAGUGAUGAAGAUGUUGGAGCUCAUAAAAGCAUGUCUAAGACCACCAAAGGACCAAAGCCUGUCAUACAUUUGGGCGCAUGGAAUAAAAAUCUAUCUGGUUCACCUAAGUCUGAUGUUUCCAGUUAUCAAAGGGAGCAAUACUUGCCUACUUCAAAUGGGGGUGAGGAAAUGGGUCAAAAGAAUCUGAAUGAGCAUACAGAAAGGAAUGAAAUUGCAGCAGCAGGUAGAAAAGAUCAUCUCAACCAAACGCAAGGUCAAAAGGCCGGGGGAAAAGAGCUUCCCUUGAUAAAGAUAAAAAAAAGCCUAGAACUGAAAUUGUUGAUUGAACAACUGUCACAACUGGGCAAAAAUCUACCGACGGGUCAUCUGUGGGAAAAAGAGGCAAUGAGGCUAGCAUGGCUGCUGCAAGGGCUAUGACCCAGCUUCCUGCCAAUCAAAGCAACAAAGUAUCAUCCAUGAGACAAGCAGGAGGGGAGCCUGGUGUUUUGCAUGUUGGUGAUGGAAAUAAUGCGCUCACUCAUUCCAUGCAAAAGGACCCUAAAAGACUGGUAAAGCUUAAAUUCAAGAAUCCGUACCCUGAUGUGCAGAAUCAGUGAGCAUCUACCAAGGAAGAGAAAGGUGUGAUCAAGGGCCAAAGAUCAACACGAAAAAGACCAUCACUUUUUGGAGUGAAUUCAUCAGCCACUGCUGAUCCACGGCGGUAUGCAGAUAAUUCACUGGCUGAGACGAUGGAUGCUAAUUGGAUCCUCCAGAAGUUGGGAAAAGAUGCUGUGAGGAAGAGAAUAGAAGUUCAUCACCAAUCUGAUAAUACCUGGCAUGGAGGAAAAGUAACAGAAUUCUUUGAAGGCAUAUCAAUUGUGGCUGUCACUCUUGACGACGGAGAUACCCAGAAUGUAGAACUAGGAAAACAAGGAAUUCGGUUCGUCCAACAAAAGCAAAAGCGGCAAUUAAUCAUUGGGUGUUACUUUGUUCAUUAGUCGGAUUUGAUGAUGUUAGGGGUGGUGGGUUUAUUUCUUCCUCUUGGUGCCCUUUUUACAGCCAUUUGAACCCCUCAUUGCCUAACCAAGAAUAAUCACAGCCAAACCAGACAGUCUUCAUAGAUAUAUAAAGAGCCAAAUCGGAUUGCAAGUUUUGGCCUCCUUUUAGGGUGUGGUCAAGACAAACAAACUCAAGAUGGUAAAUUUGUGUAGCAAUGAGAACCGCGGCCGGGGCCAUCCUUUUGAACACCCACACACAAUGUGCUUUCCCACUAUGUUUAUGCAGUUUCAUAAGCCUUGUUGAUCAUUGAUGGACAUUUAUAUUCCAAUUCUGGUGGUAACUGAAUCUGGACUGGCGUUUGGCUGGGUUGGGAAUGCCUACUACUGUACUUUUUA